AGAGACAGGCAUUAAAAUGUAAUUUCAACCAGCUCUUAUCUGCUUACUGAUAAGCCGUUUUACUUUACUUAGCGUUAUGAAAAGUUAACUCAGUAAACAACGGAAAGUGUAGCAUUUCAAACGUGGUUAAUUAUAGGUGUUAAAUUGAUUGAAAAUUGAAAAUGGCUGCCUACUACUGGGUGGAUUGUCAUGCAAGGGGCGCACUACCAUCUACAGCACUUCGAGGAGGUGUGGAUAUAGAUGGAGCUGAAAUAUUUGUUGGUAGGUCUUACCACGAAGGCGACUGGCUUCCAGCUAAAGUUAUUCCAAGCAAGGAUGUUGCUUAUGUAGCUUAUAACGGAGGCGAACACGCUAAAGAUCAGUUUCAGGUUCUUUGUGAACAACGCUUUGAUUGGGUACCUUCAGGCAAUGGUCACGUUCCCUUUGGUGCUGUAGAAGGAGGAAGAACUUCAGAUGGAGAACCACUGUACAUUGGCAGGGUGUAUCAUUUAGGAUCUCACACCGUUGGAAAGGUACAUCCAAGUCACGGGACAUGCUAUAUUCCGUUUGAUGGUAAAGAAAUUGGAUAUCCCCAUUACGAAAUAUUGGUUUUGAGAUCUUGAUGAGAUUAACGUUUUCUCAUGUGGGCAAGUGUUAGCGGGAAAUGAGCUUCUUUUAUAUGUAAAAGAAAGAACAAAUUAAUUAUAUUAUAUGUUUAAGCAACAUAAUAAACAUUUUAAAUUUU